AUGCAAUCUCACGGAGACAAUCCCGACUUUGUGCUGUUCCCUACCCAUUUCACCGGUGACAACAAGAUGCUGGCCCUGGAUUCGUCCAGACAGCAGCAGGUCCCAUACUUCCCGCCGUUCCCAAUGGAUCCCACCUUUAUUGAUCCUCUUGCUACAUUCCAUGUGGAUGAUCUGAGUGGGUUCGCGCAGACCCACGAUCCAUCCAGUGCACCUCAGUCCUCAAACUAUGGUACGACGCCAAUCUAUUCCGAUUCCUACUUCGACGCCAAUAAAGCUGCCGGUUUCCCUUCCAUGCCCGCCACCCCCCCGUCUCUUCCUUAUUCUUCCGAUCAUUUCAUCCCCGGCCUCUCUACUGCAUCUGGUCCUUCAAUUGCGAGCGCCUCAUCCUCGGCCAUAGGAUCACCUAAUUCUGGCUCUGCGCAUGUCAUCCUGGAAGACUGGAUCCAGACACCGAACGGGCUGAGGCAUCCCACCGCAGUCAUGAGUGACUAUUACUCCAAUGAGUGCUUCGGGAAUGCGCUGGACUCGGACAGCCUCUACCAGCAGAAAUGUCCUGAGAGUUUUGUUGACCCUUCUGUGAUCCAGCCGAUGCUACAACAACUGCCUCACCUUUCUCCGCCUGAUAUCUCAUUCCCCGAUCAGUCGGACUUUAUUCUCGCGCAAGGCGGGUUUCUUCCGCAGUCCCCCGAUCCUUCCCACCUCCACCCCGCAGAAAGCUACACUGCAAACCAACCGUUCGCACAACCCGCCAGUGUUGUCCCGACGUCUUCCCCUUCCAUGAUGCAUUCUAUCCCCCAACCUCGUCCCGUUUCUGCCUUUGACCGGAGAUCAUCUAUCUCCUCCGUCCAGUCCCAGAGGUCCCACCCAAGCCCGGCUGCUAGCAACGCGGAGUCCGAAGAUGACAGCAAGGAGAAGGGCCGCUGCCCGUUUCCAGAAUGCAGACGAGUCUUCAAGGAUCUCAAGGCUCACAUCCUCACGCACCAGUCAGAAAGACCCGAGAAAUGCCCCAUUGUGACUUGCGAAUACCAUGUCAAGGGUUUCGCUCGCAAGUACGACAAGAACCGGCAUACUCUCACACAUUACAAAGGAACAAUGGUUUGCGGCUUCUGCCCAGGGUCUGGGUCGCCUGCCGAAAAGAGCUUCAACAGGGCGGACGUCUUCAAGCGCCACUUGACAUCAGUGCACGGCGUCGAACAAACGCCACCAAACUGCCGGAAGAGGAGCCCGGGUGCCUCCGCAAGCAAGGGAGCUUCCGGGUACAACCCCGAUGCGACCGGCAAGUGCUCGACUUGCUCCAUGACAUUCAGCAACGCCCAGGACUUCUAUGAGCAUCUGGAUGACUGUGUGCUUCGAGUUGUGCAACAGGAGGAGCCGAGCGAAGCCAUUAACCAGAAACUACUCGCGGAAGUCGAGUCUGAUGAAGAGGUGCAGAAGACGAUGGAGAAACACAACCUAUAUGACACGGCUGGCACCGUCGAGCUAUACAAUGACGAACUUGAUGAUGACGAUGAUGACGCUUAUGAAUUUUCGAAACCGCGUUCGGGCAAAGGCUCGUUGAAGACAACAAAAGGAAACUCGGGCGCGGUCACCCGUCCUAUUUUGGGCGUCAACAAUGCUGUCUCUAAGCAUUCGUCCAAUGCCACCGCUAAGAUGCGUGCAACCACAUCCAAGAGACGAAACAACCGUGAUCGGUAUCCCCAGUCCUGGGGGUGCCCCAGCAGCAGCAUCAAAACGAAGAAGCGUGUCCUCUGCGUCUUUGACGGUCAACGCCGCUUGUGGAAGGAUGAGAUGAUGCUCGAUAAUGAGUUCGAAGUCCGGGUCAAGCUUCCCGGUGGUGCAGGAGAUGGCACUACCCGGGAAGCAUACGUGACCGACUUGGACGUCGAGACGCUGAAGCGUGCCGAGGGUGUUUUGAGUGCCAGCGAAGAAGAACGUGGCCCUUGGAUCGACAACCAGUCCACACAGCUCAUCGGACAGCCGGCGGUUUUGCUGCCUGAUAUGUAUCAACCGCAUGACGCCGAGAUGGAAAUGAUGAUUUGA